AUGGAACAACUUGUUGGUUGGAGCAGGGAUGAAUAUUUUCCAAGGUAUAGCUUUUUGAGUCCUCUUUGUAGGUCUAAGGCCUUAAACUGUACAGUUACUUCACUUGGUCAGCCAAUGGAAAACAUGAAAACUUAUGUGUCGGCGAACAGAAAUGCAAGCCUCGGAGAAGCCAUUCAUGCCCUUUGGCAAAGAGGUCCUGUACGGGGGUUUUAUCAGGGGUUAAUUCCAUGGGCUUGGCUCGAAGCUUCCACUAAAGGCGCCAUCCUCAUCCUCACCUCUGCAGAAGUGUCUUACUAUUCAACCCGAACUUUCGGAAUCAGUCCAGCUGUUAGUGCUACCCUUGGAGGCAUUGCGGGUGGCGCAGCUCAGUCCUACCUGACUAUGGGAAUGACAACAUGUAUGAAGACAGUCGAAGUCACCAGAAGUAAAACAGCAGCAGCGGGCGGCAAAAUACCCGGCACCAUGGAAACGUUUGUGCACAUUCUUCGCACUCAAGGAAUACGCGGGGUUAACAAGGGAGUAAAUGCUGUUGCCUUGCGUCAAAUCAGUGGUUGGGCUUCAAGAAUGGGAAUAUCGAAAGCGGCCGAGAACCCAGUUCGUAAAAUGAGCGGCAAAUCCCAGGCCGAAAAGCUAUCAAUAGGAGAGAAAAUCAUAGCAUCGACGAUUGGAGGAGCGUUGAGCUGCUGGAAUCAGCCCUUUGAGGUCAUUCGUGUCGACAUGCAAGCCGUAAAAGCCACUAGCGAAGUGAUCAAGCCAACAAUGAUUUCGACAGCUAAGUCGAUAUGGAAGGAAAACGGGAUCACGGGGUUUUUCAGAGGUAUCGUGCCAAGAAUUGGUGUUGCAUCUUGGGCUACCAUCUGCAUGGUAGGGCUUGGUGAUACAGUGAGAGAACGCUUCGCGAGGUAG